AUGCCCUCCAGCAACUCCCGCCCCUCUGCGUGCCUAGCCCCGGGGACUCUCUGCUUGGCUCUGUUGCUCCAUCUCUCUCUUUCCUCCCAAGCUGGAGACAGGAGACUCUUGCCUGUAGCCAGAGCUCCAGGUUUGAAGGAAAAGACCCUGAUUCUACUUGAUGUGAGCACCAAGAACCCAGUCAGGACAGUCAAUGAGAACUUCCUCUCUCUGCAGCUGGAUCCGUCCAUCAUUCAUGAUGGCUGGCUCGAUUUCUUAAGCUCCAAGCGUCUGGUGACCCUAGCCCGGGGACUUUCUCCCGCCUUUCUGCGCUUCGGGGGCAAAAGAACAGACUUCCUGCAGUUCCAGAAUCUGAGGAACCCGGCGAAAAGCCGCGGGGGCCCGGGCCCGGAUUACUAUCUCAAAAACUAUGAGGAUGAUAUUGUUCGAAGUGAUGUUGCCUUAGAUAAACAGAAGGGCUGCAAGAUUGCCCAGCACCCUGAUGUUAUGCUGGAGCUCCAGAGAGAGAAGGCAGCUCAGAUGCAUCUGGUUCUUCUAAAGGAGCAAUUCUCUAAUACUUACAGUAAUCUUAUAUUAACAGUUCAAACUGUUGGAAUCAACAUUGUCAACUUUUACCCUGACAACUUGCUUACUUUCCACUAA